AAAAUUACUUAGUCGGUAAACAACGUUACUACAGAAAAAUCAAUAAACACGCGUUAAGUUUGCUAACUCUGUUAUAGAAAAAAUGAUUAGGAACUGUGAACAAUUAUUAUUACGAUGCAUGUGAACGUUUUAAUGGGAUUUUUAUUGUUUUUCGUAGUUUUUGUAUCAUCUGCCGAGGAGAAAAAAUGUCGAAUGUGUCCACUUUCAAAGAGAUUCUCCCCAAAAAUUGAAAAUGAAAUUGAGAGUACAUAUGAUGAGACUUGUGAAUGUAGAAUCCCAUUAUUUUAUGAUGAAAUCAAUAAAACUUGCGUCAAUUUAAAAGACUGUCCAAUCGUAAAAGAGCUAAACAACAUCCAGGAGAACCCUUUAACGAUUUUUAGUCAGGUUUUUGACACGGAAGAUUUCAUGAGUCUUCUUAAUGGAGAUGCAUUUAUACUAUGUAAAGUAGCUCUUGUGGACACUGGAAUAUUAACAGAGGAAGAUAUGAGAGAACUUGUAGAUUCGAAAGAAGGAAGAAUAAUUAAAGCAGCUUUGCAGCAACAUAUAGGUUCUGUAUUUUUAAACUACUCAACUAUAACUAAUAUAAUAUUUAAUCCAUUCGUAAGAAAAAAUCCAACCAUUUUGAAAAAAUGCGGUUCCGAUGACAUGUGCAUAACUGAAUACUUCAUAAAGAGACAUCAGAAACUGAUGAAGCUAAUUUCUGAAGAUUUCAUGGUUAAUCUCUCUAUGGGAUUUAACAAUUUAGGUGUUCAUCUUAAAGAAUGCUUUGAAGUCGAAUGCGAGGAAGAUGAAUGUAAAUUUGUUAAAUUUAUACUAAUACUUUUAGAUUCAAUUGAAGAAUAGCUUAGGCAGCCUAUGUCGCACUGUUUAGUAAUAUGAAAAAAUUGUGGAAAAUUCGAAAAAAAAUUGAUGGAAUAUUUGUAUUUCAAGAAACAAAUUGUUUAUUUAAAAAUGUAAAUUCUUAGGUCUGCUUUAAUACAAUAAAUAAUUGUAAAAAUUUAAUACUUAGUAGAAAUGAAUCGUUUCCUUACAAAAUUUUAUAGGCUUGGAUCCCGCGUACCAAAAAAAGUUGAUAAAAAAGCUGAAAAAUUGUUAAUAGCGUAAUGGUGUCUAGUCUAACAAACUUUGAUGUAUGGGAACACUGGACUAGGAGCAGUUUUAAUUGUGGAACGUGAUUUUAAUUGUGGAACGUGUCAUCCUGACAAUG